AUGGUAUACUGCUUAGCCGAUAUGCCUUCUAGACCUUAUACAACGUUGAUACUGCAUCGGCCUUCGCUCUACGAUGCCUUCAGGAAAAACAAUAAGAAAAUCAGCAUAACUAUAAUAAAGCAGACGCAAGAGUACGGGGGACCUAACGCUAAAGGAUUUAACGCGGAAGGAUUUAACGCGGAAGGAUUUAACGCCGAAAAAGACACCACCAACGAACCGAUCCGCCAGCUAGUAGUAGCUACCAAAACGAUCUACACAGUCGGGGUCCUUAAGCCGUUGCAAAGCCGGAUUACCCCUAAAACCACUAUCCUUUUCAUGCAAAACGGCAUGGGCAUAGUCGAAGAAGUCAACCAAUCCCUGUUCACUAAUCCUAUAUCUCGGCCAAAAUACCUCCUCGGAGCCAUCUCGCACGGUGUUAGCCGCGACGCGCCGUUCCGGAUCACGCACACGGGCUUCGCUACCGCAUCCGUAGGGCCAUCUUCAUCCCGGCCUAAAGAACAGGGCAGCGAUUACCUGCUCCGCACGCUACCGCAGAGCCCGCUCCUAAACGCUACUGCUUACUCCUACGAGGAUGUCUUGCAAAUGCAGUUGGAGAAACUUAUUGUCAACUCCUAUUGCAACUCGGUCUGCGCUUUACACGAUUCGAAAAACGGGAUUUUGCUCGGAGAGACGCAUCGGAAGCUAAAACUUAACCUUUUUGCUGAGGACCGAUUUGGCAUGGAGAGAUUAGAGGCGACGGCCGAUGGAAUUUUGGAGAAAAUGCGCAAUACGACUUGCUCGAUGGUGUGGGAUCUAAGGGCUAAAAGAGAGACAGAGAUUGCGUUCAUCAAUAGGUAUUGGGUGAAGAAGGGCGUUAAACUGGGCGUUGAUACGCUUGUGAAUAACAUGCUGGUACAGCGCAUCCAAGAGAUAUAA